AGUGUUAACAUAUUUUCUGUUUUGUUUCUGAAACUCUUAGUGGACCAAAGCAUUGCCAGAAAGGAUGUAGUAUUCCUGCUGGAUGGUUCUGAUGGCACUAGGAAUGGCUUUCCAGCAAUGCGUGACUUUGUUCAAAGAGUGGUAGAGAAACUCACUGUGGAGGAGAACAGAGAUCGAGUCUCUGUGGUCCAGUAUAGCAGAGAAUCAGAGGCCCACUUCUAUCUGAACACUUACACAACAAAGGAAGACGUUGUGGACACCGUACGAGGCCUGAGGCACAAAGGAGGGAGACCCCUCAACACUGGGGCAGCUCUCCAGUAUGUCAGGGACAAUGUCUUUAUUGCCUCCUCCGGAAGUAGGCGCCUUGACGGUGUUCCACAGAUUCUGAUACUGCUGAAUGGUGGAAGGUCCUUUGACAAUGUAGAUACACCAGCGUCUGCUCUCAAGGAGCUUGGUGUCUUGGUGUUUGGAAUUGGAACAAGGAGCUCUGAUAGCAGAGAAUUGCAAAAAAUAUCCUAUGACCCAAGUUAUGCUCUUUCCGUGUCUGAAUUUACUGACCUCCCCAACGUCCAACAGCAGCUUUUUUCUGCUAUGAGCACUGUCAUUGUACAGGUCACAACCAUGACACCAACAGUAAUACCAACAAUACUAGUUGAGAGUCAGGCUCCCAGGAGGGAUGUCGUGUUCUUGCUGGAUGGAUCUGAUGGCACUAGGAGUGGAUUCCCAGCAAUGCGGGACUUUGUUCAAAGAGUAGUGGAGACACUCGGUGUGGAUGAGAACAGAGAUCGCGUGGCUGUGGUCCAGUACAGUAGAGAUCCAGCCGCCCAAUUCUAUCUGAACACAUACACAACAAAAGGAGAGAUUCUAAACACUGUAAGAGGUCUGAGACACAAAGGUGGGAGACCUCUCAACACUGGAGCUGCUCUCCAGUACGUGAGAGACAAUGUCUUUACUGUCUCCUCCGGAAGUCGACGCAUUGAAGGUGUUCCACAGUUACUGAUUCUGCUGAGUGGUGGAAGGUCCUUUGACAAUGUUGACACUCCAGCUUCUGCUCUGAAGGAGCUUGGGGUCUUGAUCUUUGGAAUUGGAACAAGGAGCUCCGAUAGCAGAGAAUUGCAGAGGAUAUCACAUGAUCCCAGUUACGCUCUGUCUGUCUCUGACUUCACUGACCUUCCAAACAUCCAGCAGCAACUUCUGUCCUCGGUGGAGGCAGUUGUUAUUGAGGUUACGCCAGAAUCGACAACAGAUUUAGUUGAUCAUGACACCUCCAGAAAGGAUGUGGUAUUCCUUGUGGAUGGUUCUGAUGGCACAAGGAAUGGAUUCCCAGCAAUGCGUGAUUUUGUUCAGAGAGUAGUGGGGAAACUCAAUGUGGGAGGAGACAAAGACCGCGUUUCUGUUGUCCAGUACGGUAGAGAUCAAGAAGUUCAUUUCUAUCUGAACACAUACACCACAAAGGAGGACAUUCUUGACACUGUCAGAAGUCUGAGGCACAGAGGAGGUAGACCCCUUAACACUGGGGCAGCCCUCCAAUACGUACGGGACAAUGUCUUUACUGCCUCCUCUGGAAGCAGAAGCCAAGAGGGCGUCCCUCAGAUGCUGAUACUGCUGAGUGGGGGAAGGUCCAGUGAUAAUGUUGACAUACCAGCUUCUGCCCUGAAAGAGAGUGGGGUCUUGAUCUUUGGCAUUGGAACCAGAAAUUCCAGCAGAGAGGUUCAAAGGAUUGCCACUGAUCCUAGUUUUUCCCAGUCUGUUUCUGAAUUCUCUGACCUCCCAAGCGUCCAGGAGCAGUUUUUCUCCUCACUCAUAACUGUACAAGUUGAGGCCACACCCAUAACCCCAAGAGUCAUAGUGGACCAAAGCAUUGCCAGAAAGGAUGUAGUAUUCCUGCUGGAUGGUUCUGAUGGCACUAGGAAUGGCUUUCCAGCAAUGCGUGACUUUGUUCAAAGAGUGGUAGAGAAACUCACUGUGGAGGAGAACAGAGAUCGAGUCUCUGUGGUCCAGUAUAGCAGAGAAUCAGAGGCCCACUUCUAUCUGAACACUUACACAACAAAGGAAGACGUUGUGGACACCGUACGAGGCCUGAGGCACAAAGGAGGGAGACCCCUCAACACUGGGGCAGCUCUCCAGUAUGUCAGGGACAAUGUCUUUAUUGCCUCCUCCGGAAGUAGGCGCCUUGAAGGUGUUCCACAGAUUCUGAUACUGCUGAAUGGUGGAAGGUCCUUUGACAAUGUAGAUACACCAGCGUCUGCUCUCAGGGAGCUUGGUGUCUUGGUGUUUGGAAUUGGAACAAGGAGCUCUGAUAGCAGAGAAUUGCAAAAAAUAUCCUAUGACCCAAGUUAUGCUCUUUCCGUGUCUGAAUUUACUGACCUCCCCAACGUCCAACAGCAGCUUUUUUCUGCUAUGAGCACUGUCAUUGUACAGGUCACAACCAUGACACCAACAGUAAUACCAACAAUACUAGUUGAGAGUCAGGCUCCCAGGAGGGAUGUCGUGUUCUUGCUGGAUGGAUCUGAUGGCACUAGGAGUGGAUUCCCAGCAAUGCGGGACUUUGUUCAAAGAGUAGUGGAGACACUCGGUGUGGAUGAGAACAGAGAUCGCGUGGCUGUGGUCCAGUACAGUAGAGAUCCAGCCGCCCAAUUCUAUCUGAACACAUACACAACAAAAGGAGAGAUUCUCAACACUGUAAGAGGUCUGAGACACAAAGGUGGGAGACCUCUUAACACUGGAGCUGCUCUCCAGUAUGUGAGAGACAAUGUCUUUACUGUCUCCUCCGGAAGUCGACGCAUUGAAGGUGUUCCACAGUUACUGAUUCUGCUGAGUGGUGGAAGGUCCUUUGACAAUGUUGACACUCCAGCUUCUGCUCUGAAGGAGCUUGGAGUCUUGAUCUUUGGAAUUGGAACAAGGAGCUCUGAUAGCAGAGAAUUGCAGAGGAUAUCACAUGAUCCCAGUUACGCUCUGUCUGUCUCUGACUUCACUGACCUUCCAAACAUCCAGCAGCAACUUCUGUCCUCGGUGGAGGCAGUUGUUAUUGAGGUUACGCCAGAAUCGACAACAGAUUUAGUUGAUCAUGACACCUCCAGAAAGGAUGUGGUAUUCCUUGUGGAUGGUUCUGAUGGCACAAGGAAUGGAUUCCCAGCAAUGCGUGAUUUUGUUCAGAGAGUAGUGGGGAAACUCAAUGUGGGAGGAGACAAAGACCGCGUUUCUGUUGUCCAGUACGGUAGAGAUCAAGAAGUUCAUUUCUAUCUGAACACAUACACCACAAAGGAGGACAUUCUUGACACUGUCAGAAGUCUGAGGCACAGAGGAGGUAGACCCCUUAACACUGGGGCAGCCCUCCAAUACGUACGGGACAAUGUCUUUACUGCCUCCUCUGGAAGCAGAAGCCAAGAGGGCGUCCCUCAGAUGCUGAUACUGCUGAGUGGGGGAAGGUCCAGUGAUAAUGUUGACAUACCAGCUUCUGCCCUGAAAGAGAGUGGGGUCUUGAUCUUUGGCAUUGGAACCAGAAAUUCCAGCAGAGAGGUUCAAAGGAUUGCCACUGAUCCUAGUUUUUCACAGUCUGUUUCUGAAUUCUCUGACCUCCCCAGCGUCCAGGAGCAGUUUUUCUCCUCACUCAUAACUGUACAGGUUGAGGCCACACCCAUAACCCCAACAGUCAUAGGUAAGAACGGACGCGUUAUCUAG